AUGAAUGAGAUGUAUGUUGAAAUGCUCAAACCCAUUCUGCCUCCUGCGGAGCUUUCUAUUCACUUGGUGGUAGAGAUCCUUCUGAUGGUUCUUAUAUGUAGCAGCAACAUAAUGGUCCUGGUAAGCAUGUCCGUGCAUAAGUGCCUGCACACUGUCACCAAUAUGUUUCUUGUCAGUUUGGCCAUAGCCGACUUGUUGAUGGGGCUGUUUGGCUGCCCUCUUGAUAUCAUCAUUCUCUAUAUCAUGCCGUUGCACCUUGGACGUCACAUCCAGGACAAAUGGUUGUGUGCGGCUAGGCUAUUCUGUCAUAAUGUUUCCGCAGGGGCAUCUGUAUACAGCAUGGUUGGGAUAGCUAUAGAUCGUUUCAUCGCGGUCAAAUAUCCACUAAGAUACCGUGAAUUGAUAACGCAUACGCGUGUUGGAAUCUUCAUUGGUUGUAUAUGGGUGUACAUCAUAAUCGGAUCGUCGGUCAACUUCCUCGGAGACAUUGUCAAGUUUGGUCCAGGGGAUACCUGCCGCUCGGUCCAAGUGCGCGAUCCCAACUUUGUGCUGUUCGUGAAAUGUAAUAUAUUGGUAACAUUCUUGGUCAGUACUUUUGCUCAUAUUGUAGUUGCCAUUGUGGCGACACACCAACGGGCAAAGGUGGCUUCAGAAUUAGCCGCGUUUAACAACAACCUAGCUGUGGCAUACAAGAAAGAAAAUCGAAUUACAAAAACAAUGUCUUUGAUUGUUGGACUGUUUGUCCUUUGUUGGUUGCCCUAUAUAUUGAUCACAAUGGUGAAAUUCAAGGGAUCAGAACCAAAAUGGUUCAAACAUUUGUUUAGUUUCACCGUCGAGAUUUCAAUUGCAAAUAGCUUGAUCAAUCCUUGGAUUUAUGCUUUUCGACUUAAGUUGUGGAGAAAAGCAAUGAAAAAUGUGCUUUUUUGCAAGUACAAUGCUCACGUAUCUGAUGAUUAA